AUGUUUGAUGAUUUUGAACAAGGUUUAGAAAAUCUUCGUUCAUCGAUGGAUACUAUUGAAACAAAUUUACAAAAAUCAUUAUCAAUAAAUACAUUAAAUGCAAAUCAAUCACGUGAUCAUCAACAAUCUAUUAUUCUAUGGAAAAAAAAAGACUCUACCGGAUUGGAUACACAACAUCUAUCAUGGAAAAAUGUUGAAGAUGCAAUAAAACGUGCAUCAACAAAUGAUUACUGA